UCUGCAGAAACUUUGACGCUCGGAUGGUUUUAAGGGAAUAACGGAUUUGAAGCAAUUCAUCAGAAGACCACAAGCCAUUCGGGGGUGUGACUACACUCACUGGGGUCUAUAUAUUGAGAUGUUUUGUCCGGUGGCUUUAUGUGAAUGAGAGGGAAGCUGCCCAGAGAAAAGUCACCGCAGUGCGCUUCCUCACUUUGACACCAUAUGCUCUCCGACGCCACAAUGGAUUCCUGUUUUCGCGCACUUUGCAUGACUUUUGUCCUGGCAUCGUUCAGCCGGAGGUCAGGUGCGGUCGGACCGGUUAUCAAAUGCGAGCCAUGUGAUGUGGGAGCGCGGCUUUUGUGCAAACCUUUACCCAAGGACUGCGCCGAGAAAGUCCGCGAACCGGGCUGCGGCUGCUGCAUGACUUGCGCGUUGAGCUUCGGCCAGCCGUGCGGCGUGUACACCGGGAGAUGUGGAUCCGGACUGACUUGUCAGCAUCAGCCCGGUGAGACGAAACCUCUGCAGGCUCUGCUGGAGGGACGGGGGAUUUGUGCAAACGCUACUAAUAAACGACUUGCCGCCAGACCAAUACCUCCUGUCAAUGAACUGCCAGCAGAGAAUAUUGAGACUCAGGACGAGGAGAGGAAUUCCACCGGCUCAGGUCUCCAAACCUCAUACAGCACCCACAGACCCAAGGGACCCCUGAGACCUCUGCUUCACCCCUUUUUCCCCUCUGCCAAGUCGGACGCCCUCAGAUGGGAGCAGCAGAAGAGAACCCAGAGGUUUAAAAUGGAGGAGCUCCCGGGACCACUCAUCACAGACCAACAAAACUUCUCUCUAGAGACCAAACAGGAGCCUGAUUAUGGUCCCUGUCGGAGGGAGAUUGAGAGCAUACUCAGCAACCUCAAGAUUACAGACAUUCUCAACCCCAGAGGUUUCCGCAUACCAAACUGUGACAAGAAGGGCUUCUAUAAGAAAAAGCAGUGCCGUCCAUCCAAAGGCAGAAAGCGAGGCUUCUGUUGGUGUGUGGACAAAUACGGGCAGCCUCUGCCAGGUUUUGAUGGGAAGGAGCGAGGAGACGCCCAGUACUACAACUCCGAGAGCCAAUAGGAGCAGAGCAGGACAGAGGGAGGGAGGGUGGUAGUAAGCGCAAGAAGAAUUGUAAACAAAUGGAGACACUGAGGAUAUUGGGAGAGAGGUCAAGAGAUGGCUCAGCCGAUAUAUGGAUGUUUGCUAUUUCUAUCUGUUGCCCGUGGGACCUUUUCUGAGGCAGAGCGAAGGGAACAGAGGAAGAGUACCAGGAGGACAAAAGGCUCCUGAUUCAGUCUGAACCUUUCUGUGAUGGAUUCUUCAUGAGCUGUUUGUCUACGACAAGACGACGCCUGAGAAGAGGAUACACCCGAAGAGCUGAUGUCAGAAGCCUUCUGCUGAUCUGUACUCGUCACAAACAUCGACGAGAGCGUUCUUCUUUUACGCACAACUUACGAGGCAUUGCACACGUGUACAUGCUUGUGAUGUGUAAUCUUAAUUUGUAUGCUUGUGAUUUGUUCUAAAGACAUUGCGUGUGGUCAUGACAACUAUAAAAUGUAUGUAUGUACGUCUGUAUGUAUGAAAAUGUCUUUCACAGUAAGCAUGUGGUGCCUUACUAAGAAAUCCUGUUCCUAUGCAUUCCGUUUUUCCUGGUUGCUUCCUGCUCCUCAGGGAGUUGGACUGCUGAACUGUGCAGCUCAAACACUACAGUGCAUCUAAAGUUUUUUGAAGCUUGGUCUCAAGCCGCAGAAAGAGUGACAUUUCCUUUAAAUUGUGUUGUGGUUGUUACUGUUUUGUCGUCACUUUGCAUAAGCUGAAUUUUUGGGAUAAAGGCCACAAACCAAUAUCUCUGAUCUCUGUAUAGCUGGUGAUAAUUUUCACCACUCGUCUUGGUUUAAGUAAAUAUGCUGUUUGCAUGUACAAUGCAACCCUUAGAGGUUUAUUUUUACUUAAUAAAGGCAAUAUAAAAUUAGUCACAUGUUGCAU